AUCCAUGAGAGUUGCGUUUAUUCACCCAGAUUUGGGCAUCGGCGGUGCCGAGCGGUUGGUAGUUGACGCGGCGGUUGGCCUUCAAAAUAACGGCAACACGGUCACGAUGUACACCUCCCAUUGCGAUAAGACCCACUGUUUUGAGGAGGUUUCAUCGGGGGCACUCGAUACGGUGGUUUAUGGUGAUUGGUUGCCGACAAAGGUGCUCGGGAAGCUCCAUAUCGUGUUUGCCAUCUUGAGACAGUUGUACUUGACGCUUGCGUUGGUGCUCACGGGGCGGAUCGCGCAGAUCGACGUGUUUAUUGUCGACCAGUUGUCUGUCGCGAUUCCGCUUAUCCACUACUUCAAACACAAAUCUGCUAAGGUGCUCUUCUACGGCCAUUUUCCGGACCAGUUCCUUGCGCCACGCGAGUCUGCCCUCAAGGCGCUCUACCGCAAGCCAUUUGACACCUUGGAAGAGCUCACCACUGGCUGUGCCGACAAGAUUGUUGUGAACUCUAAAUUCACUCAGUCGAUGUUUGAAAAGGCGUUCCAGCGCAUUGACUUGGAGAAUGUGUCGGUGGUGUAUCCGUGUGUGGACACGGCCAUCCCGGAGAACGCAGCGUUGGCCACUGAAGUGUCUGCAUUUUUCCAGGGGGCGCAGUACUUUCUCUCGAUAAAUCGAUUUGAGCGUAAAAAGAAUAUCGAGUUGGCGUUGCAGGCGUUUGCAGAGUACAAGACAGCGCGUAGCGACCCCACCAAGGUCAAGUUGGUUAUCGCGGGGGGUUACGACGCGCGGGUACGCGAAAACGUUGAAUAUCUCCGUGAGCUUGAGGCCUUGGCGUCUUCCUUGCAUCUCAAGUCAAUUGUUUUGCGCGGAAAGUUAAUUGCCAUGCCGAUGAACACGGAUGUGAUUUUCAUGCCGUCCGUUUCCUCCGGGGUUAAGGACGAGUUGUUGAAAGCCGCGCUGGCCUUGUUGUACACCCCAACCAACGAGCAUUUUGGGAUUGUCCCAUUGGAGGGCAUGCGGUGCGGAACGUUGGUCAUUGCCACUGAUACCGGAGGACCGCUCGAAAGCAUUGUCAGCUACUUUGAUGACAAAACAGCGGCUACCGGGUUCAACGUUGCAUCUGACUAUGUGCUCUGGGCCCAGGUGUUGAAGUUGAUUACGGAGGAUAUCCAUCGGGACGUGGUGGCCCAGAUUCAGAAAAACGGGCCAAAGCGGGUCAAAGACUUGUUUUCGCGGGAUGCUAUGACCAGCCAGAUUGAAGCGACGUUGGAGGAGAUUCUGCCGCAGGUGUAUCGGUAUGAACAGGCGGUGAGUUCCAGUUGGAGGUUUGUAUGUGCAGUGAUGUUGCUUGCUGUUGCUCUUUAUAAUAAGAAGUAGGUGCAAAACGGCAGACAUUCACAACGCUUGGUGUGUGUUAUGUUUUUGUCUCUUGGUUGCACGUUUAUGAUAUCAUUCCGGAUUCCUAGUGUUGCCGUCUUGAGCAUCGUUCUACUUGUAACCUUUUCGGGACGUGUAUUAUAAUUAAGUAUAUACCGUUUCAAGAUAAUCUACGUGCG